GGCGGUAGGGCCAUGCCGCGCCGGGCCGAGCGGUGCCUGCAGAUCGCCCCGCACUCCCUGGCCAUCGUGCUGGGCGCCGCGGCGGCGGGGCCGGGGGGCGGCGGGGCGGCGGCGGCGGAGCUGGGCCGGCACCGCGUCGGCUACGAGAUCUUCGCGGACUUCAAGCGGGAGAACAUGCAGCACUUCUGGGACCGGCGGGCCACGGCGGCCGUGGCCGAGACCUUCUUCCUGGGCUGGAUCGACGAGCAGGUGCUGCUGGUGCAGGGCAAGGAGGAGCACCUGGAGGUGCUGCGGCAGGGCUGGGCGCGCCGCUCCCUCAAGCCCCCCAGCGGCUUCCACAUCAAGUGCCUGGGUGAUGUAUCACCAAUCAGCAUGUCUCCCAUCAGUCAGUCACAGUUUAUUCCACUUGGGGAAAUCCUUUGCCUGGCCAUCUCAGCAAUGAACUCUGCCCGAAAACAGGUCACGCAAGAAGCACUAAUGGAGCACCUAACAACUUGCUUCCCAGGAGUUCCAACACCCAGCCCUGAAAUCCUUCGGCAUACUUUGAAUAUGCUUGUACGGGAGAGGAAAAUAUACCCAACUCCGGAUGGUUAUUUCAUUGUAACCCCACAGACUUACUUUAUAACACCCUCUCUUAUAAGAACUAACAGUAAAUGGUACCAUUUGGAUGAGAGGAUACCUGACAGGUCUCAAUGUACCUCUCCACAACAAGGAACUGUAACUCCCUCCACUUCAGGAUGUGUCAGGGACCGAACACUGCCCAAAAACCACUGCGAUUCCUGCCAUUGUUGCAGAGAAGACAUGCACAGCAUGCAUGCAUCUACGCUACAGAGGAAAUCAGCAAAAGACUGUAAAGACUCAUAUUGUCCUCCUUCAUUAUGUCAGGUCCCACCUACUGAGAAAAGUAAAAGUACUGUCAAUUUUUCUUAUAAAGCAGAGACACUCACAAAGCCUAAGGAUGUAGAAAAGCAGUCUAAGAAAUUUGGACUCAAAUUAUUUCGAUUAAGUUUUAAGAAGGACAAGACAAAACAGUUGGCGAAUUUCUCUGCCCAAUUUCCUCCAGAGGAAUGGCCGCUAAGGGACGAGGACACCCCUACCACUAUACCUCGAGAGGUAGAAAUGGAGAUUAUCAGGCGCAUUAACCCAGACUUGACUGUGGAAAAUGUCAUGAGGCACACUGCACUAAUGAAGAAACUUGAAGAAGAAAAAGCUCAACGAAGCAAAGCUGGAUCUUCAGCUCACCACAGUGGACGAAGUAAAAAAAGUAGGAAUCACAGAAAGUCUCAUGGGAAAUCGAGGUCACACAGUAAGACUCGGGUAUCCAAAGGAGACCCAUCAGAUGGUUCUCAUUUGGAUAUACCUGCUGAAAGAGAGUAUGAGUUCUAUGAUCCCUUGACCCGAUCCCCACGGGAAGGCUGUUUUAUAAUAGAGCACAAGGGAGAUAACUUUAUAAUGCACAGCAAUCCUAACAUGAUUGAAUCUCACUUUCCCAUGACACCAGAGUGGGAUGUGUCUGGUGAGUUGGCCAAAAGAAGAACUGAAAUGCCUUUUCCUGAACCUUCCAGGGGAAGCUCCCACUCCAAGGUCCAUCGGAGCCACAGCCAUACACAGGAUAGAAGAUCAAGGAACGAGAGGUCCAGUAAGGCCAAAGAAAGGUCUAGAUCUAUGGAUAACUCCAAGGGACCUCUGGGCUCUGCUACUUUGGGCAUGCCUGAAGACAUAGGUGAAGGCUGUAGCCCAGAUGACCAAACAACUAGCCAAACUUACAUUGAUGAUAGUACCUUAAGGCCAUCUCAAUCACUCAGUCAUCAAAGGGCUCUGAUUUCAUCUACAGGCUACAAAGAGACUUGCAUCCCUGAAAUAGUUAGUGGCAGCAUAGAAACUCCCAGUUCUUGUAGCCUGUUGGAACAAAACAAGGCUACAGAGAGUUUGCCAUCGUACAGUGAGCUCAAUUCCUGCACAACAAAGUCUGCAGUUGAUGACUAUUUUCAGUGCAACACAUCCAGUGAGACUGUGCUUACUGCUCCGUCACCACUGGGGAAGAAUAAAGAGGAUCAUGACACAGUGACUGUGACAGAUGGGCUCAAAAAAAUGACUCCUUCAGAAAGACAGUCUCAACAUGUUGCCAGGGAGCCUGGGGUGCACAAAGAGGAGUCCCCAAAGGGUCCAAGCAGUGGUUCAGCUGUUGCUGGCCAGACACCAGAGGUGAUUGCAAAUGGGCGGCUGGUUCAACACCAUAACACUGAAUCAAGUAGCCUUGAUAAAAGGAAAGAAAUAUUUAGCAAGGAUACACUCUUUAAACCUCUGCACAAUACUCUUUCUGUGAAUAGUUAUCAUAAGUCUAGCACACCCCUGUUAAAGCCCCAUCAAAAGACCCCCUCUGACACAUUGCCAGUCAGAUGUGAGAAACUUGAACAAGCGAUAGUAACCUCAGUCACACAAGUUAUGCCCGUUACACAGAGACAGCAAGAGACAACUGGGAACCAGGAGGCCUCCUUCGACUACUACAAUGUAUCUGAUGAUGAUGACUCGGAGGAAGGAACAAACAAAAACGCUGAGGAAGAAAAGAACAGGGAUGAUGUUGGCACUAUGCAGUGGCUGUUAGAGAGAGAAAAGGAAAGGGAUCUGCAGCGAAAAUUUGAGAAGAAUCUUACUCUUCUCACCCCAAAGGAAACGGAAAAUAGCAACAACCAGAGAGCCACCCAUUCAGCUCGCCUGGACAGCAUGGACAGCAGCAGCAUUACUGUGGACAGCGGGUUCAACUCUCCACGUACUCGUGAGAGCCUGGCAUCCAACACUUCGAGCAUUGUUGAAAGCAACAGACGUCAGAACCCAGCUCUGAGCCCUGCACACGGUGGCGCAGGCCCAACGUUCAACUUCCGUGCGACCGCAGACCCGCCGACGAGUGAAGCUGAGAAACUGCAGAAACCUGCUAACUGCCUGCAAGCUUCUGUUACUAGUGUCUGAUAGUCAUUCUGCCUCAGAUCUCCUGUCUCAUCCUAUACAGCAAAGUUUACGACACUGGGACUGAUGUUUACAUCUUUGGGGAAAAAAGCAUCUCAACCACAGUUUUAGUGUUUACUUAAACUGUGCUGCUAUGUAGACUAGGAGCAACAAAGAAAUCUUUAUUUCAAGGUAUUGCUUUUCACGUUUGCGGCUCUGUAGCAACAAAAUAGCAGUAGGGAUAAUAUGUACACUUUUUGCUUCACUUAAUUGUAACUGAGCACAUAUAUGAAAGUCUAGACACUGUAAGUGUAAUCUGCAUUUUCAAUGUCCAUGCAGUUGCCAACUUCAUAAAAAAAAAUGCCACAGAUGUGUGAUGCCCCCAGUCAGAGGCUAAACUCUACUGCAGAGUUGAUCAUUUUUUACUUCAAAAACUGAGCCACUGCUGAAAGUAACCAGCCAGGAUCACUUUGAGGAAAAACAAUGCCAAACAUGACAAGUGAUGACCUCAGCUCUAUCUGUGAAUUCUUAAUACCGAUCAGUCAUUUUCACUGUGCGUUUUUGUGACACAAUUUUGCAAAUACCCGUAUAAGGGAGUAAAAAGAGGUC